UUGACCAAUCCGUGGGGUUUUAAAUACGUGCCGCACUUCCUUGUUUGUUCAACACCGAAAACACGACGUUACACUGGAAUGUCUAAAAUUUGCGUAAUAUUUUAAUCAGCCAUGUAACACGCAACAAUGCCACAGCCCAGGAUUUUGCUGGUGGUAACCGGGGAUGAUUUUGGUUAUUGUCCCAAGAGGAAUCAGGGGAUUGUCGACUGCUUCAAGGCUGGAGGCAUUUCCUCUGUGUCACUGCUGGUUAAUGCAUCUGCUGCCAAAGAUGCAGCAGAUUUGGCCAAAAGACACAGCAUCCCAAUUGGGCUCCAUGCCAACCUAUCAGAAGGUAUACCUGUGUGUCAGAGCCUCCGAGCAGCCUCUACACUCGUCGACGAGCGUGGUUUCUUCCAUGGAAAGAUGGGCUUCCGUCAGGCACUGGAACGACAUCAGCUAAGCAUGGAACAGGUGGAGCUAGAGCUGAAGGACCAGAUCAGGCUUUUCAGAGAACUGACAGGUCACCUGCCUUAUCAUAUGGAUGGACAUCAACAUGUUCAUAUAUUGCAAGAGGUACGCGAGGUGUUUGCACAGGUCCUGUCAGAUCACAGAAUUCCAUAUACUCGUGUUCCAGUGGAGCCAGGUUUACACAGCUGCCAAUGGCUGCCAGCACAUCUUAAAAGUUUCUACGCACAGGUGGAGAAAGACGCUCUUGACUCCAUCCCUGUUUUCAAGCGUUAUGGAAUAAGAUGGCCAGACGUGUACCUGGGACUGACCACAGUAGGCCGGAACAUGUCUGUCUUCAACCUUCGGCUGGCCCUCCGCCAUGCCUUCAGUAUGUCCUCCUGUGUUGCGUCAAGUCCUGAAGAACGGGUGGUCACAGCAGAACUCAUGGUACACCCAGGUUACCCCAGUCAUUCACAAAAAGGUGGCUGUGGAGAAGGACCAGAUGAGUUCUCCCAGUCAGAUGAUAGGCAACAUGAGCUCAGUGUGCUUACUGACUUGUCACUGCUUGAUAUGUACCGCAAGGAAAGAGUGCAACUCUGUGGUUUUAAAGAUUUUUGAGAAUAUGCCUUCAGUAUGCAUUUGUGAAUUUGUGAUCCACACCAGUUGAAUUUGCUGGCAAAGUUAACCUUUAACUUUUUCGUUUCAAAUUACAUUGACAGUUGUUACUCUUAAUAGUAUAUUAAACAUUUCUUACAACCUUAAAACUACAAUGUCAAUUUUUGGAAAAAUCUCUAAAUUGGUAUUACCAAUAUUAGAGAUACAAUAUGGCAAUGUUUUUGAAGUCAACAUGGCUUACCACCACUGGACUACGAAUUGAGUGUGUGUAUGUAAUAAUGCAUCUACUGUGAGCGUUUUGAGUAUAGGCUCCUAUAGAAUAGCGCAAUAUAAAUCCAUCCAUCCAUUUUCUGCACCGCUUUGUCCCCACGGGGGUCGCGGGUGUGCUGGAGCCUAUCCCAGCCGUCAUCGGGCAGUAGGCAGGGGACACCCUGAACCGGUUGCCAGCCAAUCGCAAUAUAAAUACAAUAUAUUAUUAUUGUUAUUAUUAUUAUUAUCAUUAUUAUUAUUAUUAUUAAUAAUUGUAGGCAAAGGGGCAAUUACAGAACAAACAACUUACCAACGAAAUAAAACAUCAAAGACCAGGA